CCGCCUCACCACCAAACGCAGCAGUUAUGUUAAGCGUUCAUUAAGCUAAGCUGUUCAUAAUGUAAUUAAGACCAAUUAUCGACAACUUACCACUGAAGAUAGCUCACGUACGACAAGUGGUAAUGAACUAAUUAAUUAAUGGCUGCCGUUUUGUUGCUCUGACGGAGAGGAAGGAGACGUGAAGCUCUCUUACUGGAGCUCAAUACUCUGUGAUAUGGAGGAAAGUAAAAGAAACCAGGACAGCAGCGAAAUGACCUUGGAUAUUCCUCCUUCUUUAGUCAGCUACUUUGAGACUUCAAAAAGCCGAGCAGCAGCCUUUGAGAAACAGAUCCUCGAGGAACCCGAAGACUCAAAUGCUGGUUUGAUGAAACUGCAAACUGAACUAAAUAAUGGCACAGGGAAAUCAAAGAAAAGGAUUACUAGUGAGACAGCAGAGGACAAGAAUGACAUUGAUGAUGAUAAUCCAGAGAAUGAGAAUGAUUUUGCGCUGAACAUCAGUGACCCUCACACAGAGCGAGGGGAAACUCACUGUGAGCAGGAGCAGAAAAAAGAGCAAAGGCAACAGAGAGAGAUGGACUUCCAGGAAGAGCUGAAGAGGAUCAUGGAGGCAGAAAAACUUCAUCAGAUGGAACUUGAGCUCAAACAGAGAAACGCUCAGGAAAAACUUGAACAGGAGCUGCUGCUUCGGCAGGAGCUCAUUGGUAACUUCAAAAAGCAAGUGAAGCAAGAGAGGAUGAUGAUUGAAGAGGAGAAAAGGAGAAGAAAAUUGGAGGAAGUCAAGAUAAAGGAGAAGGAAGAGAAGAAAAAAAAAGAAGAGGAGGACCAAAGGAAAAGACAAGAGGACAAAGAGGAAAACCAAAAAGCCAUAGAAGUGAGACUUAAAAAAGAAAGCGAGUGUAGAAUGGCUGAAGAGAUGAGGAAAAAAGAAGAUGAAAGGAGAAAACGCAAAGAGGAAAAAAACAUCAGAGAAGAUGAAAUAAGGAGGGAGAGGGAAGGAAUGAGAAGACAGGUAGAGGAACAGGAAGAGAGGAAAAACAAGGAAGAGGUGAAAAGAGAAGAUGAGAAAACAAAAAGGGAGAACAAGAAGAAGAGAUGCUUUAUGGUAACUGAAAAGAUGAUGAAGAUGGACAGUGAAGAGAAAAAAAAGGAAGAGGUAAAGCUUAAGAAUCAACUCAAAACAAUGGAAGAGAGGGAUGAUGAAGAAAAUGAAUAUUUAAGAAUUGGUUCCCUUAGUAAGGUUAGAGUGAACCACGAAGAGAUGAAGAAGGAAGAGAAAGAAGAGGAAAGAGAAGAGGUACAAUCAGAGAGAAAGACAUUAGAGAUGGAAAUGCAACACAAAGAAUGUGAAGAGAAGAGCAAGACAGAUAUGAAUAAAUGUCUUUUACGAAAGCAAGAGGUCCAGAGAAGAGGCAAAGAGAUGGAAGGACAGAAGUUAGAGACCCAGAACAUAGAAGUUAGACAGAAAGAAGAAGAAGUAGAACAAAGAAAUACAGAAGAAACCAAAGUUAGGCAAGAAAGGAAAGGCAGCAAAGCUUUUGGAGGAGAGAAUAAAGAAAUAGAAGAUUUGGAAGAAACAGAGGAUGAAAAGAGGAGACAGAAAGAAUGGAAGGAUCUUGAAGAGAAAGAAGACAACCAGAUAAAAGAUGAUGGUACAAACGGUGCAGUGGACAAGAUGAAAGCUGAGAAAGGAGAACAGAUAGAAAUGUUUGAAAAAGGAGCAGAAGAAGAUAGAGAAGGCAUAGCGGGGGAGAACAACGCAAAAAAGGAGGUGGAGCUGAAUGACAGUAAUGAUCUGAAAGAGAACAAGAGAGAAAAUGACAGAACUGGACAUUGUGCCUCUCUAAUGUCUGAUCCAUCAAUCAGUAAGGUCACAACAAACCUCAGUAUCUGUGAAACUACACAACACCUUCGAGACAAAAACAUCUCUGACACCUCUGCAUUUCAGACUGUUGGCCAAAUAGAUUCUGAGUCAAAGCAUUCCACCUCUUCCUACUCUCUGCCUGCUUCCCUUCAUGAACACACAGAGCAAAAGAGGUUGUCUUGGAUGGGAUGUUGCAUGUACUGGUCUGAAUUGUCCCACCAGAACAAGAUGAAGCAGAAAGGUUCCUUCCAGAGCCAGAGGAGGCCGAGGAGGGCGGCUGGAGUUAGCCGUCUGGCCCCCCUUUGCCCAUGCAUUCUGCUUGAGUCCACAGGGAGAAAAUCGCUGCAGGAGAUCACCACAGUCACAUUAGAAGACUCGACGGCCUGCAGCCUGUCUACUCUUGCCCAGUGUAAUCGACUGCAGUCCCUCACCCUCAGACGUUGUGGCCUCAGGUCUUUGGAGGGCAUCAGCCAGCUGCAGGAGCUCUGCUACGUGGAUUUAGGGGAAAAUGACAUCUCGUUCUUGGACUGUGAAAAUAUGAGCAGUUUGAGAGUUCUCCGACUUGCCCACAACAAGCUGACAUCUAUCCACGGUUUACGUGGCACUGAUAGUUUGGACGUUCUCGACCUUUCUCAUAACUCAAUCACUCGCAUUGCUGGCCUGGAGUCUCUGAGGAGGCUGCAGAGGCUUUCAGUGGACCACAACCAGCUGAUUAGUACCAAAGGGCUUAUGGAUGUAUAUACUCUCCUCCACCUGGACUGUUCUCACAACCACCUGGCAAAGGUUGAGGGCUUGGAGAACAGUGCUCUUCUCCACACUCUGGAUCUAAGGUCCAACAGCCUUACUGAGCCCCCCAGUCUAAAGAACCAAGUUCUCCUCAGAGAGCUGCUUCUGGACGAUAACAGCAUCUCUUCCCUCCAAAGCCUCGCUGCCUGCUGGCUUCCUCUGCUGCAACAUCUUUCUGUCGCACAAAACAGAAUAACCCAGCUGCCCUCCAUGACUGACUAUGUAUCUCUUAAAACUUUGCAUCUGAGAUCCAACUGCCUGUCAGAGCUACAAAAUGUGUGUGAGAAUCUGGAGGGAUGUCUGUUUCUUCAGGAAGUCCAUCUGACUGAGAAUCCUCUGCAGCAGGAGCGUGACUGGAGAUCCAAAUUGCAGAAGGCAGUGCCUGGCCUACAGGCCAUUGACAGCCAGAAGACAGCCUCCUUUCUCUCUUCUCUGGCUUCUGGGCAGCUCUGCUGGGCCCCAGACAGUUUCCUAAUGCUUUGUCAGGUGCAGAUUCAGCAGACUCAGGAUCUACAACAGCGUCUCAGCAGGAAGCUCCGAAAUGCUUCAUCUUCUCUGGAUGCUAUGAAGAGCUGCUGCCAUCUGUUUACUAUGUCUUUGCAACUAGCUGAGGAUCAGAGAUUCGCUCAUGAAUAUGGUGACAAUGCUGUAUCUGAGGAACACAUGGAUGUUGGCCAAACAAUCCCUGAGAAAACCCUGGACAUAGAUAGUAAAAGUUUGGGAAUGCUCACAGAUUCCCUGAAAACUGAGUCCACUAUCAGACGACCUUUUGACAACCCAAGCAGGGACAAGAACAGACAUAAUUACUUCCAUUUUGAGAACACACCAGAUGAAAAGAGCCGACAAGAUACAUUUGGCUGUGUUACAACUGGUCAGAGGUCGACAACAGAGUCAAACGUUGCCAGAGGUCUUAUUCACUUUCUCCCUUCAAAAGGAGAAAGAACCUCCACCAGUUUGGACAUGGAACUGGACAACCUGGACCGAAAAAACACAGCAGCCACCAUGCUUCAGAGGAUGUGGAGGGCAUACAGGCAGAAACGUGGACAUGUUGAGGUCUCUUUCAUUGCAGAUUCUGAGAGAGAAAGUAGAGGACAUGCAGGAAAGCCUCUGUUUGAGCUUUUCAAUAACAACUGGAGCAAAGCCAGUCAAGACCAUGCAGCAACUGUCAUACAGGCGUUUUGGAGGGGCUGCGCUCUGAGGAGGAGGCUCGCAUCUGCUCUCGCUGCUUUUACACACGCUGACACUGGAGAUGAGGACACCUUCGAGGAGGUGGAUGUGGAGGAAUUUGUCGUGGAUGAGCAAGCGCUAGAAGAACACUGGACAAUGACCUUCUUCAAGGAUUCCCCUCCCAUGCAUUAUCCUGUGACAGAGCGACACUUAUCUCCAAAGGUUUUACUUCAACCAAAGCAGGCCUGGCUGGCUGAGGAGCAAGGAGACUAUGUGUCAACAAGACAUUCAGCAGGGGUCUGCAGCAGAAGCAAGUCUCCCACUUCAACCUUGGUACACAGUGGUCUGUCUGAAAGAUCAGAAAAAAUUCUCCAAGAAUGGGGCUUUAAUGACAGCCGCACAGCUCUUCUAAUGCUAAAGAGAGCUCAAAAGAUGAAGGCGACCAAACGAAAGCAGAAAAAACAUGGAAAUCCCUCUGUCCACGCAGCCUUCAGAGACUGCAAUUAUCAAAUAAGCCCUGUGGAGGCAAGGAACAGGCCUGCACGACACAACAGACAUUGUUUAAAAGUUGGCGAGGCCCAGUUCGGUCUUCAGCCAGCAGAGCAAAUGGAUCAGAUGAGGUGGCAACAAGCUCAGCAAGAACUGCAGACACAGGUCGCUCUGCCUGACUGGCACUCAGAGAGCCUCAGAGGACACUUUUUACCAGAGAUAAAGUCAUCCAUUCUGAGCAGAGGUAGAGUUCAACUUGUGGCUGACCUGGCAUAUGCAGAUCCCCCCAGCACUACAGGACUGUCCUCCAACAACAGUUUGACUGCCCAGCUUGGCAAAGUGAACACUUAUUCCUGCAGAAGCAACUUGACUCAUACAAGUAAACGAGUCACAUCUCCUGUGUUAAAAAAGGAGGGCAUCUCUUUCCGGGACAACCCCGUCCAGCUAAGUAGUGGCUGGGGGGGAGGCAAGAAGAGGGAAAGACUGCCCAGAAAGUAAUGGGGCCUCUUAAAAAUUAAGACGGACAGGACCUGAAGCAGCCCAAAUAUCUUGAGGCAUUUCCAGAACUAUCAGUGCCUGGACUCAAUGGCAGCCAACUCGCAUCAAAACACAUGGAGGAAAGCCAGAAAACUUGGGGAAAUUACUCGCUUCACAUGCAGAUGAUGGCAGGAAAUAGGAACCAGGAUCUUCAGUACCUGUGGGUUUAUGCAUUUCAGAAUGCUGGAUUAUUAUUAUUUUGUAGUUCCCGUGAUGUUUUAUAAAUACAGACUGCAGAAGAGAAGAAAGCUUUUCCCUUUAGUCUCUGAAGAAUUUACUUUAAUAAAACUAUCUCUGUGUUUUAUUUGGACAUGAAUUUUGGUGGAUCAUAAUCAGUCUGUGUGUGUGUGUUUGUUCCAAACGCAUGCUGCCCUGCUGUAGGCGGCUCACCUUAGGCGUUCAGGUUCCUCGCCGACCCGCUGUCUGAAAAUCAUAAGUUAAUGCACGUCAAAACAAAUAGUGAGCUCUUCAGAGUGGCUCCCUGGCAGGAAAUGCGUGCUUGUCUGCUUAUUUUCCUUCUAUCUUUCACUUACUCGCGUCUGCAGGGUGGGUGUUGACUGUGAGCUGGAGGGGAUUUUCAUCUCGGAGGACGGCGCACGUCAAAGAUGUGGUGGUCCUGUUUUGAAACAUAAGAGCUAUGUCUUUUAUCUGGGGGAGAAUGGAAUUGAAGUCCUGAGCUGUCUUCACAUGUUGUUGUACUGGUUUUGGAUAUAUUUCUACAAAACAUAGCAGAUUAGUGAAAGAAGAGAGCAGAUAUAAAAUUAGUUUAUGUUAACAUCAUGUCUCAAACAUUUUGUUUUGCGCCAGCUCAGAAUUACUAUGGUUUUUGCUGUUUCUGUCUGUGAUUUCUCCUCCCAGAAUUAUAUCCUGAGUCCAUCAUCCACCACAAAACGUAACCCUGACCUGUUGACUCAAAGUUACACCUCUAAAUGCAUAAAUACCCCUCAGUGUGAUCUCAAGCUGAGUUGCAAAUUAGUGUUUUCUUUAAUUUUCCUCUCCCAAAGAAUUUCUAGCGAUGCCGUAUAGUUCUGGGAACUGCAAUGUUUUUAUUUGAAACCUGUGUUUUAUCCUUGUAUGCUAAUACGUUUUAAUACGAAUCUGUUUUUGAUGAACCAAGGCAGAAAUUCUUAGAAACAACCCUGAAAUAAAUCUUUUGACUUUCAAAACAA